UAUUAUUAUUUUCGUUGCUGAAGAUGUUACUCUAGCAAACUUUCUAUAUUGCUUCUCCCGAAGUUGCUGGUUAAUUUUUGCAAAGUGAUUAAAGUAGGAUGGCUUCUUCUUCUUCCACUACUGUUGAAGUGAAAAAGCAUGAUGUAUUCCUCAGUUUUUGUGGUGUUGACACCCGCUACACUUUUGCCAACACUUUACAUGAAAUUUUGCAGAGCAGUGGUAUUGAUGUUUUCAUUGAUUACGAACUUAAGAGAGGAGAGCACAUUUCUUCAUCUCUUAUGAGCGAAAUUUCGGAUUCCAUGAUUUCAGUUAUCAUUUUCUCGAAAGGUUAUGCAUCUUCAAGAUGGUGUCUGGAAGAACUUGUGAAGAUCUUGGAGUGCAGGAAUACGGAAAAACAGGUGGUAAUACCAGUUUUCUAUCAUAUCAAUCCAUCAGAUGUAAGGCAUCAAACUGGAUAUUUCGGAGAGGGAUUUAAAGAGCUUCUAGGAAGUAUGGAUAAGGGGAAGUUAGAGAGGGUACAAUGGACAGAAGAACAAUGUACAGAGAAGGUGCUGCAGUGGAAGAAUGCUUUGAGAGAAGCAGCUGAUAUAUCCGGCCGAUCAACAGAAGAGGACCCGUUCGAUUAUAGUCUUGCAAAUAAAGUUGUCCAAGAUAUUUGGUUGACACUAAACAACAUGGUCCCCACUAAUAAUUACGAAAAAUUGGUUGGAGUUGAAUCAACCAUCCGCCAUAUUAUAGAUUUAUUGAGCGCUCGGUCGAGAAAUGUCCAUGCUAUAGGAAUUUGGGGAAUGCCUGGUAUAGGUAAGACAACUAUUGCAAAUUGUGUAUUCAGCCAAAUAAGAAGUCGUUUUGAGGGUUCUUAUUUUGUUGAAAAUAUUAGGGAAGAAUCAAUGAGUCUUAACAGACUAAAACCAAUGCGGCAAGAACUUCUUUCAUCUAUUUUUGAACAUGCUGAUUUGAUGACAAAUUCCAAAGUAAUAAAAACAAAGCGUAGACGAAAACAAGUUCUUAUUGUUUUUGAUGAUGUCACAACUUUGAGUCAAAUAGAAUAUUUAGUUGAAGAUAUGUAUUCCUUUGGUUUGGGAAGUCGAAUCAUUAUAACAACUAUAGAUAGACAAGUACUUCGAAGUUGUGGAGUGGAUGACAUAUAUAUAUAUGAGAUGAGGGGGUUGCCUGAGGAUGAAGCUCUCCAGCUUUUUAGUUGGUACGCUUUUAAGCAAAGUAAUCCUAACAAAGAUUAUGAUGACCUAUCAAAAAGGGUUGUAAAAUAUGUUGAAGGUGUUCCAUUAGCUCUAAAAGUGUUGGGCUGCCAUUUACUUUGUAAGUCAAAACAAAUUUGGGAAAGUGCAAUAAAUAGAUUAGAAAUAAUUCCUCAUAAGGAUAUUCACAAUGUACUAAAAGUUUGUUACGAGGGACUCAGUGAUGAUGAACGAAAUAUAUUUCUAGAUAUUGCAUAUUUCCUUAAGUUGGAGAAUAUAGAAUUUGUGAUGGACUUUUUGAAUGCUUGUUACUUGGAGGUUGAAAGCCAAGUAAGUGUUCUUAAAGACAAGUGUCUCAUGACCAUAUCAAGAAAUAAUAAGGUAACAAUGCAUAAAUUGCUUCAAGAUAUGGGAAGGGAAAUUGUCCGACAAGAAUCCCCAGGCAAUCCUGGUAUACGUAGCCGUUUAUGGAACCAUAUAGACAUCGAUAAUGUAUUGAAGGAAAACAAGGUGAGCAUUGAAGACAUUUUGCUUAGUUCUAUUUCCUCUGAGCUACGAUACAUAUGUUGGUAUGGAUGUCCAUUAAAAUCAUUGCAGCUAAAUUUUCUGUCAGAGAACCUUGUUGCACUUCACAUGCCUCAUAGCCAUAUUGAACAACUUUGGUCAAGUGUUCAGCUUGAUAAUUUGAAACAUAUUGAUCUAAGUUUUUCUAAACAUCUGAGAAGCCAAGAUCUCUCAUUGACUCCAAAUGUUAAAAUUUUGGUUCUGGAAGGUUGUACAAGUUUACAUGAGAUUUCCUCGUCUAUUCACGGCUGCAAAUACGAGCUUCAUAUGUUAAAUCUAAGGCACUGCAGAAGCCUUGAGAGUCUUCCAACAGACAUUCAUGUAGCAUCUUUCGAAAAAGUUAUCUUUUCUGGAUGUUCGAAACUCAAGCAAUUUCCACAGGCCUCGUGGGAUAUGAAAGAGAUAUAUUUAGAUGAAACUGCAAUCGAGGAUUUGCCCUCAUCAAUAGAGAAUUUAUCCAGACUAGUUAUAUUAAAUCUUAAGGACUGCUCAAUGCUUCAGAGGCUCCCGAGCAGUAUCUACCAGUUGAAAUCUCUUCAAUAUCUCAAUCUCUCGGGGUGUUUAAAACUUGAUGGAUUGCCUGAUAAAUUGGGAAUUUAGAAGCUUUGAGGGUGCUUAAAGCAGAGAGGGUGGCUACAAGAGAAGUACCAACAUCCAUUCUAAAUUUAAGAUGUCUAGAAGAGUUAGAUCUGACCAACUCUAGUAUUGUGAAGUUGCCGAACAAUCUUGGUCAGUUAUCAUCGCUAAAAAGUUUACUUCUUG